CCAUAAACGCGUUUUUAUCGGCAAGGAUUCAUGUAAAUUUCAGUGUAACCAAAGAAUAUCUAAAAGUUAAUAUUCAGUCAGUCAGAUAUAUAAUUGAAGUGAAACCUGGUGGUGAUUUGAUACUUUGGUACUUUUUACAUGGGGAUGGAAAAAAAGAAAUCAACACUGUGAAAAGAACAUUGGUAACUAUACAAGGAAAUCAAUUAACAAAGAUCUGUCAUGAUGAGGCUAGUCGUCUUACUACUGCUCAGUGUGUUAUUCCAAUGUCUACUGGCCGAACCUAUCACCUCAGAUGAAGCAACGUCGGAUCCCAUACUAAAAGACGGUGAGGAUGACACAACCGAUGGUGAUGGCCAAGACGACGUCACAGUUGCGACAACUGGUAAUGAAGAUGUGGGUGUAACAAACUCCAAACUGUUACGCGGUCACCACGGUCACCGGCCAUACCGUCGAGGUUAUCGACAUCGACAUUCCCAUAGACGCCAUCGACAUCGAUACUGCCACGGAUGUCGUCGUUGUCGGUGUCACCACAGAUACUACUAUUACUAUUAAUAUACAGUAGGUUGAAGAAAGCCAAACAUGUUUUUCAAUCAGUUCAACGUCGAUCAAUUUUUCUAUCAGUACAUUCACAGUCCGGCUCUUCACAACAUUAUAAUUUGCACAUGCCUUUACGGGUAUAACCAGAAUUCAACUUGCUUCACUAAUUUAACUCUUCAAUAAAUCUAUUUACUGUCAAUUGUGUUUACUUGUGUUCCACAAUUUGAUAGUUAAUGAUAUUGUUCAUGAAUAAGAAUUCGUCGUAA